AUGGACCGCGAAGAGGAAGGCUGCAGGUACCUGGAGCAGCACAAAAUCCCGGACCUUUUGCACAACCUGAGCGCGCUGCUGCUCUAUCACCGCCCAGAAAAACCAAGAGAUUUCUUGAUAAAGAUGCUGGAAAAAAUAAAGCUUGCAAGAGUGACAAAUGAUUAUCCUUAUCUUAUGAACGAAUCCAACUUGAAUGCCAUGUUUGAUAUGCUAGAUACUGCAGGCCAGGGCUACAUAACUGUACCUCAGUUCAAAGGAGCACUUCAAAGCAUGGGACUGAGUACUGAAGAUGUAAUUUAUAGAGACGAAGACCAAAUUACAUUGGAAAUGUUCAAGGAAAAUGUGAUGAAAAAAUUUGCAGAGAUGUGGGCCGCAUUUUAAUCAUGAGUGUUCUACCCUAAAAUCUUUUAUACUUUAUUGCUGAAGAACCAAGAAUUCCAUUUAUGUAGAGGUCCUGUUGUGUACCAGCCCUUCCACCACUAUGGCAGAUGUAGAAUCUCAUAUUCGGUUCAUAAAAGUAUAUUUCAAAAUAA